AGUGUUCUCCUUAAAUCAACCGCUUUUAUUUUUCUAGUGUGGCUAGUUGCUGUUGCCAUUCAAAGCUUUGUGCUUUACUGAAAGCUAUUCCGUGGAUCGAAACAAUUCAAUUAAAGUGUAUAUAUAUUGAGAGUUUUCUUGACUAAUUUAAGAGUUUGUGUUGCGCAUUCCAGAAAUGUCUAGGCGAAGGCACAGCGAUGAUAAUAAUGAUGAAGGUUCCCAGCCUCACAAACGGAGGAGAACAUCAGAACCGAUUGAGAUUGAGGACCGUCUGGAGUCUCUGAUAUGCCGUGUGGGAGAAAAGAGUACAUCCUCCUUAGAGAGUAAUCUGGAAGGUCUUGCUGGUGUCCUGGAAGCUGAUCUCCCAAAUUAUAAAAGCAAAAUCUUGCGCAUCUUAUGUUCUGUUGCAAGGCUUUUGCCUGAGAAGUUGUCGGUGUACACCACGCUGGUGGGUCUUCUUAACGCUCGCAACUACAACUUUGGAGGCGAGUUUGUGGAGGCCAUGAUUCGACAGCUUAAAGAGACACUAAAGUCAAACCUGUACACUGAGGCUGUUUACCUGGUGCGUUUCCUAAGCGACCUGGUAAACUGUCACGUCAUUGCAGCUCCCUCAAUGGUUGCUAUGUUCGAGAACUUUGUCAGUGUUACACAGGAAGAGGACAUUCCACAGGUGCGGUCUGACUGGUAUGUAUACGCUGUGCUGUCCAACCUUCCUUGGGUUGGCAAGGAGCUGUACGAGAAAAAGGACGUAGAAAUGGAUCGCUUGCUCAACCAAAUCGAGGGAUACCUGAAGCGGCGACAAAAGAUUCAUGUUCCCAUGCUGCAGGUGUGGACUGCAGAAAAGCCCCACCCUCAGGAAGAGUAUCUAGACUGUAUCUGGGCUCAGGUGCAGAAGCUAAAGAAGGACCGCUGGCAGGAGCGUCACAUCCUGCGGCCAUAUAUCGCAUUUGACAGCGUGCUGUGUGAAGCCCUGCAGCACAACCUGCCCCCCUUCACCCCUCCGGCCCACUCGGAUGAUGCCGUUUACCCCAUGCCCCGCGUCGUCUUUCGCAUGUUCGAUUACACGGAUGCCCCAGAGGGGCCGGUUAUGCCAGGCAGUCAUUCGGUCGAGCGCUUUGUCAUUGAGGAGAAUCUGCACUGUAUUAUCAACUCUCACUGGAGAGAGAGGAAGACCUGUGCUGCCCAGUUGCUCAGUUACCCUGGCAAAAACAAGAUACCUCUUAACUACCACAUUGUGGAGGUGAUAUUUGGCGAGUUAUUCCAGCUGCCUGCUCCGCCUCACAUCGACGUCAUGUACACCGCAUUACUCAUCGAGCUCUGUAAACUGCAGCCGGGCUCUUUACCGCAAGUCCUCGCUCAAGCCACAGAAAUGAUGUAUAUGAGACUAGACACAAUGAACACUGUUUGUAUAGACCGACUCAUCAACUGGUUCUCGCAUCAUUUAAGUAACUUCCAGUUCAGAUGGAGCUGGGAUGACUGGGCGGACUGCUUGACUCAGGACCUUGAAAAGCCCAAACCCAAGUUUGUUAAAGAGGUUUUGGAGAAGUGUAUGAGGUUGUCUUACCAUCAGCGGAUAGUGGACAUUGUUCCUUCUGGUUUCUCCGCUCUGAUCCCCGCCGAGCCCUUGUGUCAUUAUAAAUAUGGAGAUGAGACCAGCGGUUCAUUGCCAGGAUUUGCAGAGUCAACAACAGUGGGUAACGCUAUCAAAAACCGAGCGUCAAAUGAGGAGAUUCUUACCAUAUUAAAAGAUGUGCCCAAUCCCAACCAGGAAGAUGAUGAUGAUGAGGGCGAGAGUUUCAACCCUCUGAAGAUUGAGGUUUUCCUGCAGACAUUGCUUCAUUUGGCCGCCAAGUCCUUCAGUCAUUCCUUCAGUGCUCUGGCCAAGUUCCAUGAGGUCCUGAAGAACCUUACGGAGAGCGAUGAGGGGAAACUGCACAUCCUCAGGGUCCUGUAUGACUUCUGGAAAAACCAUCCUCAGAUGACCGCUGUGCUGGUGGACAAGUUGAUUCGGACUCAGAUCGUGGACUGUGCGACCGUGGCCAAUUGGAUCUUCUCUACUGAUAUGGCUCAGGAUUUCACCAGGUUUUACGUGUGGGAGAUUCUUCAUUCAACCAUCCGGAAGAUGAACAAGCAUGUGCAGAAGAUCCAGAAAGAGUUAGACGAGGCGAAAGAGAAGCUGGAAAAGCAACAAAACAAAAAGCGGGACAGUGGCGAUGAAGAGGACAUGGAGAAGAACAGUGAGGAUGAGGAAGGUCAGUUAGAGGAGCAGAUCGAGAAGCUCCAGGAGAAAGUGGAGUCGGCCCAGAGUGAACAGAAGAACCUCUUCCUUGUUAUUUUCCAGCGCUUUAUUAUGUUACUGACGGAACACCUGGUUCGCUGCGAGACCAGCAGCAUCGACAUCAACACCCCCUGGUACAAGAACUGCAUCGAGAGGCUACAGCAGAUCUUCCUCAUGCAUCACGUGAUCAUCCAGCAGUACGUGGGCACCUUGGAGAACCUGCUUUUCACGGCUGAGCUUGACCAUCACAUCCUGGCUGUGUACCAGCAGUUUUGCGCUCUGCAACUCUGAGCUCCCACAAUGCAUCACUGUGGUUCAUGUACUCUUUCAAGGUUAGCAGCGUCCACCAGGAAUUUUGGAGAUGGCCUUUUUCCUCUAAUAGUUGUAUAUUGAAUGAUAUCACACCUUUUUAGGGCAUGUAAUAUGUAUGUGUAGUGUCUUUUUUUCUUUUUUAAAUCAUUGUCAUUGGCCAUUUCUUGUGGAAAGUAUCAGUCUUUUAAAACGCCCGAUGUUUAGAAAACAGUACGGAAGAGCUUUAUUUUACUUCAGCACCCUUGAUAUAAAACUCCUCUGUAGAAGUUUUAUGCAUUUUGUCAUUUUGAAGGAGAAGUGAUUAAAUCAGAUUGUGUUACAAUGAUAAUGAGUCUGUAAUUUGGAUGGUGUGCCUCUGUAGAGAACAUUAAGCUCUUAUGCCACUGUAAUACCAAGUUUUGGAUGAUGAAAUGUCUUCCUCUUUUAAAAAAACAACCAA